AUGGCCUCAUUUCUUAUUACCGGUUCCUCGCGUGGCCUGGGCCUUGCACUUGCCACCCGACUUGCAUCUCUACCCAGCGGCCAAGUGGGAACUAUCUUCGCGACCGCUCGUCAGGAUAAUUCGGCACAACUCAAGGAGCUCAUAAGUGCUUCUUCCGGUCGCGUUGAAUUUGUCGGUUUAGACGUGACCGAUAAGAAAAGUGUACAGGAAGCGACUCACCUGGUUGAACAGAAGUUACAAGGCAAGGGACUUGACUAUCUGAUCAACAAUGCUGGUGCGAUGGACUGGAACCCCGCCGGAGUGGAGGGGAUGGAUAAUCUUAAUGAAAUAUUCAAUCUGAAUGUCACUGGUACUCAUGAGGUUACACGAGCCUUCUUGCCUCUGCUGCGUCGCGGGGAGAAGAAAUCUGUUAUUAACAUUUCGACGACUCUGGGAUCUAUUUCCAGAGCUCAUGUCUACGAGCAAAUGCGCUCGCCUGCCUACAAGAUAACUAAGGCUGCGUUGAAUAUGCUAAGCGUCCAAUAUGCGCAACAAUAUGCCUCUGAAGGAUUUACCUUCUUGCUUGUUAGUCCUGGAUGGUUGCAAACUGAUCUAGGAGGCUCACGAGCAGAUCUGCCUGUCGAGACAGGUGCCGAGAAGGUGGUGGAUAUCGUGCUGAAGACUGGCCCUCAUCAAAAUGGAAAGUUUGUCAACAUUCAUAUUCCAGGUUGGGAGAAUGCGGAAGGAAAUAAUUCGUACGCAGGGGAAGAAGUCGAAUGGUAA